AAGAAGUUUCAAACACGGAAGUGAUUAAAAUUGGGAAUCUCAUUAUUGCAAAUAAAAUAUAGCAUAUUCUCAAUUCAUAAACUUUUUUUAGGCAAAAUAUUUAACGUCCUUGUAGAAACAUAGAUACACCCCUAUGACAUUUGUCUGAGAAAGAGUUCGUCAUCUGUCAAAGAUUCUCUCACAGCCAAUCAGGUUUCGCCAACUACUAGCAUUGCGUCAUCAGGGGUGUUUCCCCGGGUCACCCUGUAUCAACAAGUCAUCCACCGAAAAAUCUCGGCGAUGGAGUGACGCAAUCGGUGACUCCAAAUAGCCACAAACGUAUAGUUAUGAAUAUAGGGAAAGGUGACGUGUACUUCAGUGUGGAGCCUAAUACUGACGUGUCCUUUUUCCUCUAUUUAUUCGGGGAGCGUUCGAGGAAAAUCAUACCAACAGUUGGUCGUCUACUUGGAGGUCAGAAACGUUUUCACGUGUUUCUUGAAGUCAAUCGUCACUACUCCAAUACUCGCGGACUCUCACAGUGAAGUGGCAUCAAAAACGGCGACUUUAAGAUUUUGUGAAGUAUUUGUUGAACCCAAGACGUCCGUUUCUUAGGGAUGGCAGUGAAGGAGGUGGUGGUAGCUCUCGUGCUCGUCUUGACGGCUGUCUGUGGACAAGAUGCUCAAUGGGAACCGUUCUCUAACCCCUUUUGUAGCGAGACAGGUUCAUCUGGUGACGUCAUCCCUAUGCUAUGGCACCGUCACCCUUGGCUGUCCUUGCGUCACCACCCAGGCCAUGGCGUCAUCACCCCACGUUCACUCCGCAUGCACCCCUUACUGUGGAGUCCGUCCCUCCUGAAUGACAUUGACAUGGCCACAGGGUUGGGCUCGUCCCUCAUGCAGAACUUCGACAUGGCCACAGGGUUCCCCCAUCUGUGCACUUGUCAAACCAGUGUAAAACAGGAGGCAACAUCAAGGCAACAAGACGAAAACCCGUCUCAGCAGCAAGCCAUGCCGGGUGAAGAAGAAAAGGGAGCAAGAAGACCGGAGCCUUCCAGUGCGGCACAUGGACAGCAGCAACAGGAGCAGCAACAGGACCAGCAGCAAGAGGAAAUGGAGGACAUGAUACAGAAGGAAAGCUGCAAAGGUUUCAGACAAUCAGCAAAGAACUCGCCGUUGCAUGCGGUUCUGGAAGAGACAGACCACGAGAGAAAAGUGGAAGAGGAUGGGAGGAGGGAUUGGAAAGAUGAGCAUCUGAGCAGAGAGAGGAAGAGACUAUACGAGAAUCAGCAGGACAAACUGUUAAGAGACAGGAGAGAUAGGGAGAGAAUAAAGGCACAACAGGAGAGACAGCAGUGGGAACAGGAGGCACAAGCAAGAAGAGAUGCAGCACAUCAGCGAACACAGCAGAGGCAGUCAGAAAUGCAACAGAGAUCACAUGCUGGACAACAGAGCCUGCACAACACUCGUGAACCAACAUCCCAUCGAACACCUCUCAAAGUACCCAUGUCAGAGGUUGCCUCUGUACAAGUGAAUGGUUACUACCCUGAAAACAUACAAGUUAGGACUGAGGGCAAACAACUGAUCAUCAGCGGUAAACAGACCUGUCGCUGCGACGAGCCAUGCUUUGAAAAGGAGUUUGAGCGCCAGUUUGCACUUCCAAGGGGACUGGACACCCGAAGUCUGCGAGCAACUCUCAACAGUGAUGGACAGCUGAGAGUGGAAGGACGUGUGUACAGGGGAGUCACACAAACAAGUGAUGUAAGGGUGGAAGUACAAGGUGUAGGGUUGAGGCAGAGGCCUCAGGUGGAAGAUCCCACUUGUGGGGGUAGGAAGUCUGGCUUCAGGUUAAGGAAAACUGCACAGAGGAGAAAAAGUGCCACUGCUGCUGAUGCCACAGUAGAUGUGCCUAGGUUUGAGAAGUACCAGGAUGAGGAAGAGAAUGAUGGAGUCACAAUUGAGGUAGUGGAAGAGUAAAGUGUACUGACUACAUUAUACAUGGUUUAGACCUAGGUGUUGAUGUAAAGAGUGCUGUUAAGACAUUAAUAAUGUAGAAGUUAAAAAAUGGCAGCUGGUUUGCAGAUAAGCCCAGAUCAAAGUGCACCUAUAGCUGACUAGCUAAAUUACUGAUGAAUAAGGUGGGUAUUAGAUAAACUUUCAGAUUACCUCAGUACAAUGUACAAAGUUAGGCAGGGGGUAUAACCACUUAACCGUUAAAUUUGAGGCAUCAUGUGCAAUACUAGCUUAGAUAUGGUCUAAAUAGAAGAGUUUUACUUACAACUUCAAUGUUCAUUUUUUGGUCAGGAACUUCUUACAUUAAAAUAAUUAUAUGUAUGUAUUUGUGGCAAGAAAUUGAACGAAAAAUAUGAUCCAUGUACUAGCUGAUUAUUGAUUACAGGUACAGGUAGUUUUCUUUUCUAAGUUAAGGUAAGGUAUUGUCUUUCUUGCAGAAGGAAAGCUGCAAAGGUUUAAGACAAUCAGCAAAGAGUUUGAGUUCAAAGCAACAUUUUGUAUUUUUGUUCCUAAAUCUUUUCCAUUCCACUUUUUCUAUUGUGAAUGUUGGUAUGUGCUAAGAUGUCACAGUAUAAAUAAAGAUUUGUCUAACCCUAA